GUGACUCAGCACGCGCUGGUCGUAUUGACACGGGAACCACCUUCGUCUCCAGUCUCGUCGAGUCGCAAUGGAUCCAAAUAACGACGAAGUAAACGACGAAGUCCGCGUGAACCUCAUAGAAUACUUAAAACCGAGGCUGAGACAGUAUGUUGUGGUGGAGCAGGUUCUGGAUUACAUGGAUUUUAUUGACAACGAUUUAAAGGAACGGAUCAGGCAAAACGCUAGAAACGAUGGUAACUCGUCGGCUGUGGACUCCCUCAUAAACGCGGUGGUCAAGAAGCCGCACAGUCCCGGCUGGUUCACGGCUUUUGUUGACGCGCUGAAGAACGCAGGCCUCCAAUAUGCAGCGAACCUGGUGCAGCAAAAACUAUCCGAACCUGAGGUGGAGGCGGAGAAUGACAGCUGUGUACAGCUCAUCCGGAUUCUGGUCCCCAGUCUGGUGGACAUGAACACUGAGGAAGUGUGUUUACAGUGUUAUGCUAAAGACCUACUCACCGAUGCUGACAAUGAAAGAAUUAAAGCUGAAAUACAAAACCACGGAGCCCGGAGAGGAGCCAGUGAACUUCUGAGUAGAAUCGUGAGACGCCCACCAGGAUGGUUCUCUACAUUUUGCGAAAUUCUGCGCGUGACUGAACACCCUCACCUCUGUGAGCUCAUUGGAGGAUCACCUGACUGUGGGAACACAGGAUCAGAUGAAAAGCCAUCAUCAAAGACAGAAGAACCAACCGGAACUGAAGCUGCUACAAGAGACAGUCCAGUACAGUACAUGGACUUGAGCGUAUCUGGGGACCCUCAGGAUGAUACCACAGACCUGUACUCGAGCAACGAACUGCCAAAUAGCUCGGAGCAAACACAGCCAGAAGUAAGCGAAUUAGUAGCACCAGCCGGGGGCCCAGAAAGAGAUGAAAUUGUUCUUCGGGAUUAUCAGAUGGACGUCGCUAGACCUGCCUUGGAGGGGAAAAACAUCAUCAUAUGCCUCCCAACAGGGAGCGGUAAAACCAGAGUUGCCGUUUAUAUUACCAAAAAACAUCUGGACAGCAGGAGGGCAGAGGGGAAACCAAGGAAGGUGAUCAUCCUGGUGAACAAGGUUCCUCUCGUGGAGCAGCAUUACUCCGAAGAGUUCUUGCCCUUUCUGAAAGGCACAUACAGGGUGGUGAGAGUCAGCGGAGACUCCCAACUCAAAAUCUCUUUCACAGAGAGUGUGAAGAGAAAUGACAUCAUCAUUUGCACAGCCCAGAUUCUGGAAAACUUCUUGGAGAGGUCUAUCUCGGGAGAGGACGAAGGGGUGAAAUUGAGCGAUCUGACUCUGAUCGUAAUAGAUGAGUGUCACCACACUCAGAAAGGAGGAGUCUACAACCACAUAAUGAUGCGAUACCUGAAGCAGAAGUUCAAGAACGAAAAGCUCAAGAAGGCGCAGAAGGCGUGCGAGCCCCUCCCUCAAAUCCUGGGCCUGACUGCUUCUCCAGGGGUCGGGGGAGCUACGAAAAUGGAGAAGGCUGAGGAGCACAUACUGCGCAUUUGUGCAAACUUGGAUGCAUCCAAGAUCAUGACAAGCAACCUUGGGCAAUACAAGAAGGAGCCGAAGAAAGACACUUUAACUAUUGAAGACCGAAAAGAGUAUGCUUUUCAGGAUCCAUUUGGUGAUGUAAUUAAGAAAAUCAUGCAUGAGAUUCAUGUCCAUGCCGAGCUGAGCCCCACCUGUGAGCUGGGCUCCCAGAAUUACGAGCAGUGGGUCGUUCAAACGGAACGCAAAGCGGAAAAAGAGGAAGAUCACAAGGUGAGAGUUUGCGCAGAGCACCUUCGCCAGUACAGCGAGGGCCUGAAUCUCAGCAGCACCAUCCGCAUGUGUGAUGCCUUCAGUUUCCUGAGCAAAUACCACGAGGAGGAGAUAAAGAAAAAAACGGCCCCAGAGGCGGAGGACAAAAUACAAAUCACAGACACUGAGAGAUACCUCUUCCGUUUGUUUAGAGAAAAUAAGGAAGAACUGAAGAGGCUUGCAGAGAACCCGGAAAAUGAAAAUGACAGCCUGACAAAACUGAGAACUAAAAUUCUGCGUGAGUUCAGCAGCAGGGAGAAGGCCAGAGGGAUCAUAUUUACCAAAACACGACGCAGUGCCAUUGCUCUAAAUCAGUGGAUUCAGGAGAACCCCAAGUUUGCCGACAUUGGAGUGAAACCCGCAUAUGUCAUCGGAGGAGGAGGCCAGAGUGUUGUUAAACCGAUGACCGCUGCAGAGCAAAAGGACGUGUUGAAGAAAUUUGGCAGUGGUGAGAUCAACUUGCUGAUUGCUACCACGGUGGCGGAGGAAGGUUUGGACAUUCCAGACUGCAAUUUUGUAAUCCGAUAUGGCCUUGUGACCAACGAGAUCGCCAUGAUUCAGGCUCGGGGCAGAGGGCGAGCCGAGGACAGCAGCUAUACUCUGGUCGACGUGAAGAACUCCGGGGUGGUUGAAAAGGAGGUUGUCAAUGAGUUCCGCACGGGCAUGAUGGCCAAAGCUAUUGACAAAAUCAAAGCCUUGAAGCAGGAAGACUACGACAAACGGAUCAAAGAGUUUCAGGUGCAGGCUAUAAUGGAGGAGAAAGUGAGAAUCACAAAAAAUAAGAAGAAGGACCUGUACAACGAGAAGCCAUGCAAUGUAAAGUUUAGUUGUCGAGGCUGCAGCAAACAUGUCUGCACCGGUGAAGACAUCCAGAUCAUCGAAAAUAUGCACAGAGUCAAUGUUACGCCACAGUUCAGCGAACUUUACAUUCAGAGAGAAAACACCAGUCUUCAAGAACGGCUUCUAGAGUAUGAAACCAAUGGCGUCAUAGCAUGCAAACAAUGUGGACAGCCAUGGGGUUCAAUGAUGGUGUACCGCAGCAUCGAGUGCCCCUGCCUCCACGUGAAAAACUUUGUGGUGAUUAUCAACGGAAAAAAGCAAAAGAAAUACACCAAAUGGAAUGAGGUCACAGUCAAGUUCACUGCCUUCGACUACGCUGAACAUGCGAGCAGGGUGGCAGAGAGCUCGGAGGAGGAAGAAAUGGAUUGAAAUGGCUCUAAUAAAGGCACUGAUCUUUGCUGUGUUUUUGUCAGUAGUAUGUGGCUUGCACAACAUCAAUUACUAACCAUCGACCCGGUAAAAGCAAUGCUUCCCUUGAGUGCUAAACUGCGAAGAUAACAAUUAUUGGUCUUGGGUUUGUCCACAGGAAGAUUUUUUCUUCCUUUUAUUGGCAAUGGAUUUCUUGAAUAUAAAUAUGAGAUCAUUGACUUGAUGUUAUGUGUUAUGUGUCAGAUACAGUAUUUUAGACGUACCUAUGCAAUAUUCUAACAAUCACUGUGUAUAAGUUGUAAAUGGAUUGAAAUAAAGUGGGGGAAAUGAA